ACGAGAAAAACAAUUCGAGAACAGCUCCAGGUUACCCCGUGUACCGUCAAUGAGAAACGAGUGAGAUUGUAAUCAUUGAUCUUUUGUUUGAAUGCGUGUCGAGAUGUCAAAUCCCUCCGUCAACGGCGAGAAGCUUGGAGCGGAGGAACGGAGAGCGUACAAGUUUUGGUGGACGGUCCUUCAUCCCGCGCAAGGAAGAAUCAGUUUUCAGAAUGUGAUGAAGUUUCUCAAAGGGUUUGGGCUGGGUAUUGGGGAUGUCACGGAGAUCCUUGCCCUGUUCCCAGACUCCUCGGAUGGACUACUGAAAGAGGAGUUCUUUGCGAUGGUUCGCGUGGUUGGAAGAUAUCUUCUAUAUGGAGAUAUUGACCUUGAGAUGGUGGAAAGACAAGUUCCAGUGCCGGAGAACUUGUUGUACCCAGUGACUGCAGAAACCCCAGACGAGCAAGCAAAAGAGCGCAGCAGUUCGGACAGAUCAAGUAUCAGCAACGAGCAAAGCGUCCCGCAAGCCCCAGGAUCUGCUACCUCAACUACAGCGAAUGAUCAAGCCGGCAACCCAUUCCGCCGCACCUUGCACGCAGAACCCGUUCCCUCGCAUCCCAUCGACCUCCACUCCAUGUUUAAAUCACCGAAUCCGAUGGCAUCGCAGCCGGCCACAGCCGAGUCCACACCUGCGCCAUCGAUCUUCGACGGAAGAGGACAACAGAAUAGGGAAACACCAGAUAGCUCGAGGAAUAAUUCACUGAGGGAGCAGGAGAGAAGUGCUGUGCACGCACCUCCCCCUCCACCGCCUAGUCGAGGAGGUAAUAGUAUAACAAAAGAAGACAAGAAAGAGAAGGAGAAAGCUAACGCUCCACCUCCACCUCCACCUCCUCUUUCGCAAUCAACAAGUACGAAGAAGGUCACUCCUGAAGCUCCACGGCCACCCGCGGCACGCCGUGUGUCUGCAUCCCUGAACGACCCUUUCUCUGCGCCCGAGCCACCACCGCCAAGGAAACCGCCUACACCUUCCAUUUCACCGUUGAAGACUGCGGCACCGGGUCCUAGCACAUCGACACCUACUCCACCGCGUCCUCCGCCAGCAAGGAGAACAUCGAUGAAUCUCGAGGGAGCAGGAAUAGGUUCAGCAACACCGCCACGUCCACCUCCCGUAAGGAAGGUAUCGAUGGAUAAGCACGCACCCAUCAUCCCAUCACCGGCACUAGGAAGCCCAAUCUCGAAAUCGCCGGCUAGUACGCGUAGGCCAUCUGCAGACGAAGAGCAUACGGGUAACGUACCGCAGCCACCACCUCCGAGAUUGAGACCAAGAACGAGCUCGAGUAGCUCCGUGAAUGGAGUCCGAAAGGAGGAGGAAAUUAGUACUGCGACCCCACCGCCGGUGCCGGCUACUCGUCACGGCCGCGUUCUAUCUAUUAAUCGCGCACGGUCAUCGAUGGAGGUACCCGUUGUGGCUGAGGACGAAGAAGAAAGCACGGAAGAUGACAUGAGUCGGCGUUCAUCUCUUAACGUUGCUGGAUCGGAGAUGGGACGUGUGGGGUUUUUUGGACAUAGAAAGACGAACAGUGCAUCCGUGUCUGAGACCUCGUUACCAGGGGGUUUACACCGUCGGGCAAGUUCGAGUGGGGCUGGUCAAGCACCACCACCGCCGCCCACAUCAAGACUCAAGACUGUCACGGCCCCAGAACCAGACGCGCAUGGUGCGGAGCAAAAACAACAACAGGCGCCGUUACCGACGAACCAUGGGGACGAUCUGAAUGCGCGGCUGGAGGAGUUAAGGAGGGAGGUUGAGGCGCUGAAGGGAAGGUAUUCGUAG